AGAUAUGAGCGGGCUCAAACUCGUCACCGUUCUACUUUUAGCUCUAUGCACUGCAACAGAAGCUGCCAAAUGCCGGGGAAAGUAUAUGGAAAUGAGAGGGAGAGAAGGAUUCGUGACAAGGGGAGGAUGUCGUGGACUCGAUUCUCAAAUUCAGGAAGAAUACUGGACGACUGUUGGAUUUGAUGGAGAUCUUCGUGAUGGACGUACAACAGAUGACUUUUUGGUAUUCCCAGCUAAUGAGAAUAACGGCCAUACACAGACAAACUCGUUUGUUGGAUACUGGAUUACACGGUCAAAAUACGGAGAGAACGUUCACUAUGAAGCGUUCGGACAUGCGUUCAUCAAACCAGAUGGCAAGGUCUGUGGAUGGUUUGUUGGAUCACACAAAGAAGUCGUCGAGGUGUGUGGAGGAUUCCGUGUACUCAGUAGAUCACGAUUCAAUCCACAUCAGCCAAUUCCUUUCGAAUGGGUUCAAGGAGAACAAUACCGUAACAGAGAUGUUCUUGGGUUCCACCAUCACAAGAUUGCAAAGUAUGAAGCUAACGCGGAUGAGGUUCUUUUCGGAGAUGCUGAUGUUAAGGGAAAAAAAUUCAAUGGAGUUUCUAUCAAUAAUGAACAACGAGUGGAGGUCGACACCCCCGAAACCUUCCAUCGUAAAGUGUGGCUUCUGCGCAAAAAGUCAACUCAGCCUCCAUCGGACAUCCGAAUUCCAUUGAAAAUUGAACAGCAAAAACGUCGAGAGGAUUUGGAUAUCUAUCAGGAUCCAUAUCAUGAAGUUAGAAUUACAAAUAUGAGAUUGUAUCCAUAUUAUGAUCAAUACGGUCGUCCAUCUGGAUCUCAAACUGAUUCUCAUCGUCCAGCUUAUGAUUCAUCUGGAAGAAAACUUCCAUUUGAUCAAUCAACUUCUCAAAAUAAUCAAAUUUCGAAUAAUUAUCAAUAUUAUGAUAUUCAACAACAACCACCACAGAGUCAUCCAGGUUAUGAUGAAUGGCUCAGAAAUCAAUAUAGGCAACGUGGAAUCAUUCCAAGAGGAUACGAGAAUAACUGGAAUCAGCAGGCAUCCAAUAGCAAUCAAGACAACCAGGAACGUAACGAAGUGCCAGCAUAUGUAUUGCAAACUAGAAACAAUUUGAACACCAAUAGUGAAGACGGAAAUUCCGAGAAUGAUAGCGUUUUUUAUGAGAAACAAGAUAGACAAGAACCAAAAGAUCUAUCUGAAAGCGAAAAUUCAAGAAAUUCUGAAAAUGGAGAAACAUAUUAUUCAGUGAAUCCUGGAGCGCCUGUUAAUGAGGAAAUCAAACAAAUCAAAAUUCCAGGAGGAGAUGAUUCUGAAACCGUCGAAGUCAGUGGACAGUCCCAAGAAAAACCACACGUUCGAUUCAUCAAAUACCAUCCACCAACUGUAAUCAGGGAUAAGAAAGGAAAUUCAUACGAACGUAUUGUUACAGAUGGAAUUGCUCAUUAUUUUGAUGCAAGUGGAAAUGAAGUUAAAAUAGAUGAUUCUUCGAUCGACAGAAAAAUUGAGCAAAUCCUUGAAAACCGUCGUCGCCAAGAAGAAAAACUAAGAAGCGCAUUGGAAGAUUCUGACGCCUCACUUUCGGAUCCUGUUUCGGCUGCAGAAGUUGCCAGACAGGGAUGAUGUAUUCAUUUCGCAAAAGUAAUAUUUAAUUUAAAUUUUGUAAAUUCUCAUUUCUCUUCAUGUACAAUCGUUCAUGUACUGCCUCUUAAAAAAUGUACCUACGAAAUUUCAAAAUUCUUGUUUUUUUUUCAAUAAACUGUUUCAAGUGG